AAUCUAAAAGCCAAACAGAAAAUUUCUUCAAUUUUUUUGUUAUCAAUAGUGACUCGGAAGUUCAAAUUUCUGUCAAUAGACAAAAUUUGAAGAAAAAUGGAGAAGGAAAUGAGCGGAUUUCAGCGCGUGUUAUGGUUGCUGUUGUGUGUCGGCGGAAUUUUUAGCGCUUACAUCUACCAAGGCUUUUUACAGGAGACAUUGUCGACUAAGCGUUUUGGUCCUGAUGGGAAAAGAUUUGAGCACCUAGCAUUUUUGAACUUUGCACAGAAUAUUGUCUGCUUAAUUUGGUCGUAUAUAAUGAUAAUUCUUUGGUCCACAAAAAACAGUGGCACAGCUCCAUUGUUGAAAUAUUGGAGCCCCUGUAUCUCUAACACUAUUGGACCUGCAUUGGGUCUUCAAGCAUUGAAGUACAUCAGCUACCCUGCCCAGGUUCUGGCCAAAUCCUCAAAAAUGAUUCCAGUGAUGCUGGUGGGAGCACUAUUUUAUGGCAUCAAGUAUACUAUACCAGAAUACUUUUGCACCUUUCUUGUUGCUAGUGGUGUAUCUCUUUUUGCUCUGUCCAAGACUAGUUCAAAGGUUGUAAAUAAACUUGCACACCCAAACUCACCCUUGGGUUAUGGGUUAUGUCUUGUCAAUCUCUUCUUGGACGGAUACACAAAUUCCACUCAGGAUGACAUUAAGAAAAGGUAUCCCAAAACUAGUGGAUGGGACAUCAUGCUAGGGAUGAAUUUUUGGGGUUCUAUCUACUCCUUCGUAUACAUGUUUGUACUACCAGGUGGUGGUGGGCUCGAGGCAAUCCAGUUUUGCCAGCAGCAUCCUGAAGCUGCAUGGGAUAUUUUGUGGUUCUGUGUUUGUGGGGCAGUCGGACAGAAUUUCAUUUUUACAACUAUAAGUCUCUUUGGGUCUUUGGCAAAUACUACCAUAACCACUGUACGCAAGUUUUUUAGCAUUCUUGUCUCAUCAUUGUUUAGUGGCAACCCACUAUCAAAUAGACAAUGGGUCAGUGUAUUCAUGGUAUUCGGUGGUUUGACAUAUCAAAUCUACUUGAAAUGGAAACGGACAUAUCCGAAAGCUAAAGCAAACUAGGAAAAAAUUGAGGUUGACUAACUGAAGAGUGAAGGCGGAAUAUCUUCUUUUUAUUGUUUUUUAAAGCCAAAAAUGGCUUUAGGUUCCUCAGAUGCAGAAUUACUCAGCUGUAUUUUUAGACUUGAAAGCAUAUCUAAUGGAAGAUACUUAUCUUAUAGACGUAA